CCCCAUAAAGUUGUUGGAAGGCUACUGUCAGAACAAGAAGAAGUCUUCAGAAUGUCACACUACGGCCCACGUUGAUGUCGUAGGCCAGGAGCAAACAAAUCCUUUCAGAUCUCCUGGACAAACAUGAAGAGCAGGACCUCAUCCGUGUGGGAUCAGAAUUUUUUAUUGGUUACUUGCUGCCAGCUUAGCGUGACUUCAAUGAAAAAAGCAUCAUCUAUUGCCUGGAUUCUUGCCUACAAUUGCUCCUGAUGUGUUAGCCUAAUCAAUAUCAUCUAUUGCCUGGAUUUUUGCCGACAAUUGCUCCUGCUGUGUUUGCCUAAUCAUCGCAAACAAGAAUACAAAGACUAUGCCUCUGUCUUUAUCAGCCUUAAGACGAAGGACACGCAUAGACGUUAAAAAAAGGCUUCUUCUUCAGAGACAUGACAGUAAUAUGGGCAGGUGACCGAGUUCUUUCUGAGAACGCUGCCCAAUCCUCUUCAGCUGCACAUGCAAUGCCAGAGAUGCCUUUUCAUCUGAUCAAGUUCAUAAUUAACGGGGAGAUUGCGGUUGUCCCAAGUGGAUGGUAUGAUGAUGGGAUGGGUUUUUGGCCAAACUAUAAAAGCACAGAGAGAAUGAAAAGGGCCGCUUUAAAUGGGGAGCAGCAUGAUCAAAACUGGCCAAGAUAUGACGUUUCUGUUGUCCGAACUUGUGACAACUACAAAGACGCAUUUAAAUUAACGCAACAAUAUGGAAAGGGCUACAACACGUCAGACCUGGAAUCCGAGGCAGAGAAUGAGGAGCUGCCAGAAAAACGGAAAAGGAAGCCAGUCCAUCGUCUCGGGGACUCUGAUGAUAGCGAAGAAGACCCGGGAAAUGGUGACCUCGCAUCUCUGGGGUUGGCAAGCCAAUUGCACAGGCAGACGGCUGAGGUCCAGAUCCUUAGCCUGCUGGAAACUAAUAAACACACACAAGACCAGCUGAUGGCGAAGGUCAACUUCUUAACCAGCAGGUUGACCAGUACCCCGGGGCCAGAAGUGGAAAUGCCGGCCAAUAUCCAGUUUUCACAGGAACAGUUGGAAGCAUUUGAGGCACUUCUGACAACCCUGACAGCCCUUUUGUCAGCCCUGACAACCACUUCUGUCCUGAACCGCCUUUUCCCAGUGAUUUCUUCUUUGGGCACCGUUGGAGGCCAGGAUGUGAAGCGGGUGACCUGGAACACCUUGGGCAGGAUCUUCACCGAUGAUGUUUCACAUCAACUUAAUUGGAAGGGGGUCAGUAAUAAAAAGGCCUUUAGCAGGAUGGCAACAAAUACCUUGCUUUUCAGUGCUGAUUUGAUUACAGGUCAGCCACAGACGCUGAGGACACCAAACGCGCAAUCAGGUGGUUCAACCUGGCGGCGGAUCGGGCAGCGAGGAGACAAGUCCACCUCCACAGACAGAGGAAUAAAAAUAUGUAUCGAUAAAAAAAACUCUUAUUGA